AACAACUUUUCUUCCUUUAGGAAAUAAUGCUUAUUGGUCAUGCUAUUCAACGGAUAUUUAGGAGAAAAUAGAUGGUGUUCUACACAUAGUGUGAUUUACUAGAGUGUAUGGCACUUACUUAAGACACGUUUAAGCCACCACUCCCCUACUUUCGACUGUUACCAUCUUCCCAAUACUAGUAUGGGUGUGGUAAUCGCCGGGUGAAUUGACUAAAAUUUCGUAAGUUUGACGCGACUGCCUCCCAAUUUUCUUGUACUGUCACAUUCAGGCUCUGUACUUUGCUAUUAAGAAUCUGUUUCACUCGGGAGAUAAUGCAUGGUGUUUGAAGGUGGAUCCAUCGUCAACGUUACUUUAAAUUGCCUUUCUCAGCACGUGUUGGUAGCAGCAGCAGCAGCAUCAGGCUGUGGAGUGAAGAUCCCAGCAGAGGACCAUGAGCGAGCUGGAGCAGUUGCGCCAAGAGGCGGAGCAGCUGCGCAAUCAGAUCAAAGAUGCCAGGAAAGCCUGUAGUGACUCCAGCCUGUCACAGAUAACGGCUGGUCUGGAUUCGGUGGGACGGAUCCAGAUGAGAACCCGGCGGACUCUUCGAGGCCACCUCGCCAAAAUCUACGCCAUGCACUGGGCCACCGAUUCCAGGCUCCUUGUCAGUGCUUCCCAAGAUGGCAAACUGAUCAUUUGGGACAGCUACACCACAAACAAGGUCCAUGCCAUUCCGCUGCGCUCGUCCUGGGUGAUGACCUGUGCCUAUGCGCCCUCCGGCAACUACGUGGCCUGCGGUGGCCUGGACAACAUCUGCUCCAUCUACAGCCUCAAGACACGCGAGGGCAACGUGCGCGUCUCCCGCGAGCUGCCCGGCCACACAGGUUACUUGUCCUGUUGUCGCUUCCUGGAUGACAGCCAGAUCCUCACCAGUUCAGGAGACACCACAUGUGCAUUAUGGGACAUCGAGACAGGCCAGCAGUCCACUAGCUUCACAGGCCACAGCGGUGACGUCAUGAGCCUGUCCCUCAGCCCAGACACACGUACCUUUGUGUCGGGGGCGUGCGACGCCUCUGCCAAAUUGUGGGACAUUCGCGAUGGCAUGUGCAGGCAGUCCUUCAUCGGGCAUGUGUCUGACAUCAACGCUGUCACUUUCUUUCCCAAUGGGAACGCCUUCACCACGGGCUCAGACGACGCCACCUGCCGGCUGUUUGACCUGCGUGCCGACCAGGAGCUGAUGAUGUACUCCCAUGACAACAUCAUCUGCGGCAUCACCUCCGUGGCCUUCUCCAAGAGCGGCCGGCUGCUACUGGCGGGAUACGACGACUUCAACUGCAACGUGUGGGACACGCUCAAGGGCGAGCGCGCAGGUGUCCUGGCUGGUCAUGAUAACAGGGUGAGCUGCUUAGGCGUGACGGACGACGGCAUGGCUGUGGCCACGGGAUCAUGGGAUAGCUUCCUGCGGAUAUGGAACUGAUCUGCGUGAAGGUGGGCCCACGGGAGCAGAACAGCAGGUCGGUCCGGUCCAAAAAACGCGACCGUAGCACGCAACGCCGCCAGCCCCAGGGGAGCCAGCCUGCCGUCCCUCCCAAAAAAAAAACACACCCACACACCCUCCCUUCCAUCCUCCCUACCCUCCCUUCCGCCCUUCCUCCCAGCCUUGCCUCGUGUUUUUCUCCUCCCCUCACCCCACCCCCAGGUGACCUGGUUGCCCCUUUUCUCCUCCCCAAAUUCUCUCCACUGUCACUAGAACAAGGCUUUCUACACAUCUUACCUGUCCGUCAAAAAGAGACUAGAAGUUCCCCUUUCCUUCUGAGGGACCCUCUGUGAGCUUUGUCUCGGCCAGAGGCUCCCCUCCACAGCCCACCACGGGAGCCAAGAGGAUACGAUCCACAUUGUACAUAUACUUUGGCAUUACAUGUGCUCGUGCGCAUAACAUAUGCACCUCUGAUGUGUAUGAAUGCUUUUUAGUGUGUGAAGUCAUCAUCUUAUUGUUCAAUUUUGUCAUUCUGCUUCUUUUUUUUCUUCUAUCUCCAUCCCCCCACUCCCUAUUCCUUUCCUCUCCUCUCUCCCUGUCACUCUCUUUCUCUGUCUGACGUCUAACAUGUUUACGCGUAUUUGCAUUCACACAUGAGCGGAUGCCAUUCAGAGUGCUCAGAUGAUUCUGUCUCGUCUUGUCUGUGGCGGAAGAUGGCUGUUCCCGGCUCUGGUUUUUGACCUGCACUCACUGUGUGUGGUUACUCCACUGGUCUCCAGAGACCAGAUGCUCUCUCGUCUCAACGCAAUCCCUCUUUCCCCAUUUUUAAUCCUGCAGUUCACCUGAUUGGAUAUACUGAGUGAGGAACGACUGAAUGUGUGAAUGAAUGAAUGUUUGAGUGAACGAAUUAAUGGUGGAAAAAAAAGAACGAAUGAAUGGAAUGAUGAGAAAUAUAAUGAUUAGCGCCCACCACAUCCACAUUAGUUGCACUGUUUUAGAAUGGGCACUGCCACUGUGCUGCAUCUGUUUUUGGUUUUCAUACCCAUGACAUCACCCAUGAGUCACACGGGUGCGAGGAGUUCCCCACACUCUGCACCUGCAGUUGGGCCCACCCCACACACCUGAAGCCUUGAGCAUGAUUAUUACCCUAGUUAGUUACAUGCAUACAAUACCUGCCCAACACACUACUACUCACUCACAGCCUUGUACCCAUGUCGUGUGAAGUGCUCUUUUUAUGCUGGUACUGACCACCCACAACUUGUGUAUUAGUGGACACUCAGACUGCAGUCUUAAACAAGAGGCCUUUUUGACUUUUCACCUUUUCACCACCGUGUGAUGAUCACCUUAAUGUUCAGCUCAAGCGCUCUACAGUACAGUACCUACCCAGUGUUGAUGAUGUAGUAGGCUCUGAAAGCACGCCCCCCCCAUUCACAGAGGUAUCGAAGUUCUGUGGACAUGCACCAGUGAAUUAGAAAGAUGUGCUCGUUGCACCGUCACAUAUUCAGUUUCUUUUGUAUGUAAGACCUUAGACCGAUUUUAAAAGGGUUUGCUAAGGUUUUAUCAGGUGCACCACUCGGAUGAGAAGUGCAUUUCGGAUGGCAAUCCAGCAGCUAGCCGUAUUGCCGUAGUUCAUGCUAGUGUUGCUCCGAUGUAAUUGGCUGUGAUUUUUAUACGCCAGUCUUGGUAACUGGAGUGAAAGCUGCAGCAGUAGCAUGUUGUCAUACAUGGCCACUGAGGUCAGUUUUCUCCUAACCUCUUAUGAGUAUGUGCUGUGUUGAUGUCAGCAUUUGGGCUGAUCACUGUCUAGCCAGUAUUUCAGGGUGUUAAAACAAGCCUGUGUGAAAAAACGAAGGGAGAUGGGAGUGGCAUGUGCAUGCAUUAGGCUUUUCCUACAGAGAAUUUGAAUUAAAAGUGUUUCUGUCAUUGAGGUGUUUUAACGGCCACAUGGCAACACACUGUGAAAGACUUUUCAAAGGUAAACUGCUCAAUGACAUCUUGUUGUGAAACAGACGAUUACUUGGAGGUGUGGAAUCAACAGUAAUUAGAGUAAUACUGGGAAUACGUUUUUCUUUUCUGAAAAACCCAAAUUAAUUUAUGAAUCAACAUGUAAAAUGCCUGAUGAUACCAGUGUGACCUAGUGUUUAAGUUGGAAUGAAAGAAUGGAAAAAUAAUUCAUUUUAUCGUUGAGUUUACGCAAUUGAAAAUAAGUAAAUGAUUUUAUAUAUUUAUAGUUUACGGUCAAUAGAAUACAAUAUCUGGAACUGAAAUAAAUAUAUUACCACUGAAAUGAAGUUUAGAAAAGACCAAACUGCUGUUUGGCAGUUAAAGAACCCCUCAGAACAGAACCAAGGCCUGAAUUGCAUCUAAUUCUUCACUUUCCGGUUUCUCUUGCCACUUUUUUCGCUGGAAUCCGUUGAGAUGCACAAUGUUUCUAUUUACAGUCCCAGUGUGUGUGUAGAUGAAGAAAUACUGCUAGUGAAGAAUCCCUAUAAGUAUAAUAUUCUGGGUGGCAAACAUGUACAAAAGAAGUGUUUCCAGGAGAGAACAAACUAAUUAGUAGCAGAGAGAUGAAGAGUGUUCUGUGACUGUAAGUGAAGUUCUUUUUCUUUUUUGGCGUGGUGAUGUUUUUGGUGCCAAAGUGUUUCCAGGAGCCCCAACUGGAAUGCUAAGACGAUUGCCUCAUCUUUUGGAAUUCUCAUCAACCACGUGAUAAACAGGGCUGCCAGGAAGUGAACUGGCUGGUCUUGCAGUGAGAGGGAGGGAGGCGAGAUGGAGGUAGUAGAGAGAGAGAAAGGGGAACGUGCAGCCAGCUCUUCAACACCAGGACUUUCUACACUGCCACAUGAUAAAGCUUCCUGGCGAUAUAUAUAUACGUAGAGCACACAUACAGUACAUACACUGAGCAUUCCAGAUUUGCAGACAAGCAUGUGUGUGUCUGUCAUUGUGUGUGUGUGAGAGCAUGUGUGUGUAUGUGUGCGUGUGUGGUAGCAGAGUCAUUGUCAGGAAAUCAUUAACUUUUUUAAACUUGUUUAUGUGGUUUCAGUUUUUGCAAUGCUUUCUGCGUGCAUCUGUUGCUUUUGCAGAGUUUUCAUAACACUGAUGGGAGAGGUGAGCCACUUGCCCUGGACUAGAAUCACAGCUGUCGUUUACAAAAAAAAGAGAUGUAGAGUUAAACUUAAUGUGAAAUUCAGAAGAAGUCCGAAAAAUUGGACCAGUAUUAACAGGUAAAGCGUAAGUGGUAUAUCAGUCAAUGUGCCUGUAAAAGACAUGACCACUUCUUUUUUUUAUCUUUUUUUAUCCUCUGUGACCUGUACAACACAACUGCAGUAUUUGUAAUACUUUUCUCACUUAACAAAAUACUCAGUACUCAGUAAUACGUUUAUUUUUUUCCGAAAUGUACUCAUCUGCCUAAAAUUGCAUUCCUGACACAUUUUCAAUCUCUCGACAGAACUCACUGCCUUUUGACACCAUUAUAUCUAAAACUCCUUGAUGUUUGGUAAUAACUGUUUUCUAAACCCAGGGAUUCAUAUUUCCUGCAGUGUUGUGUGAAUGCUCACUUGCAAGUUUUUUGUUUUUUUUUUAAACUUUUUUUUUUUUUUUUUUUUUGGAACACCAGAUUUUUUUGUAUUGUACAGUUGUACUGUUGUACCCCAAUGUGGCGAUAUGUUCUUGUAACCAAUAAAAAAACUUAACAUCAAACGUGGUUUAAUGUA